AUGUCCUCGCCCGCCAAAGAAAUCGAUUGGCUUCUCUUGCAGGCCGUCAAAAACAUAGAAAAUCAUCGAGAGCAACGAUUUGUUAAAUUCGUAAUCAGUAUCGGUUACAAAGACAAGCCUGACGUCGACGAAGACGGCAAGCCGUCGCCGCGUCGCACUACACCAGUGCAUCAAAUUGCCAGAUGCAGGCCCCUUAAUUUGGCUAUUGUAGUUCGGCAACUUUUUAAAUUAUACGACAGAUUUGAUGUAAAUUACACGGACGAGUUUGGCCUGACGCAUCUCCACGUUGCCUGCAUGACAGGAUGUCUCGAGGUCGUAAGGAAAUUUCUCGACUUCGGUCACGAUCCCAAUUGUCUCGAACCAGAAACUGGCGAUUCGCCGCUGCAUUUGGCUCUGGCUCAUAAAAGAACAGAAGUGGCGAAAUUGCUGCUGAAGAGUGGCGCCAAUCCGAAUUCGCUCAGUGACGACAAAUAUCGGCCUUUGCAAAUCAAUCUUCAAGACAAUGUGGGUAACACGCCGCUACUCUGGGCUCUGUUUCGUAGACGAAUAAAUUUGUUCGAAUUAUUGCUGAGGAACGGCGCGAAUCCAAAUAUAGCCAAUGCAGAUGGAUUGACACCUCUGCAAUAUAUUUGUCGGAAAUACCACGACGAUUUCCUGAUGGAGAUGCUCUUCGAUAUCAACGAGCAGAUCCAGCAGACGGUGCAGAUCGACUCCCAGGACAGUUGGGGUCGGACAGCACUGCACCUGGCUCUUACCGAUACAGACGUGCAUAAAACACGGAUUAUUCGCGGGCUAAUGAAAAGAGGCGCCAAUCCUAACUUGGCCGAUACGCACGGAUCGACGCCUCUGCACGUUAUAUGUAAGAGACGAUACGAGGACGAUUAUAAACUAGCGGAGAUGUUUUUCGAGCUCGGCGAUGAAAAUUAUCAGCCGGUGCAAAUCGAUCGUCAGGACGAGUUCGGUCGGACACCGCUGUACCUGGCUCUGUGUUACAACUACGUAAAAACGGCUGAGUUACUGCUAAGAAGAGGCGCGAAUCCGAACUUGGCGAAUUCCGAGGGAUUGACAGCUCUGCACAUUAUUUUCAAAGAAAAAUUUGGCUUAAUAGAGAAAUUUGUCACAGAAGGUAAACUUGACUUAAUUGAGAAAUUGCUGCUGAACACCGAUCCGAAUGUAGCCGAUGCAGAUGGAUCGACACUUCUGCACUGGAUUUGCAAUAGACAUUGCGAUAAUGACUUGGCAAAGAUAUUUUUUAAAAUCAACAAGGACAAAAAUCAGUGGGUGCAUGUCGACGCAGAGGACAAUUUUGGGCGGACGCCGCUUCAAUUGGCAGUGAAAAAUCUCUUGCCAUGCACAGUCGAUGUACUCUUGAAUCACGGCGCCGAUCUAUCUAGCUUCGUUUUUCCCUCCGAGAGUUUAAUAGACAAACGUAUUUCAAGUAGAAGGAGGAAUGGUUCUAAAAUUGUGAAAUUGAGACUAGCAGCUCGUGCUCUAGGCAUCGUCGAAUGUUUUCAUAACAGAGGAUACGAAUUGGACCAAAGCGGCGCCCUAUUGAUUAUGAAAUAUUUCGCUGAGCACGAAUUGUUCGCGACGUCGUCGGAUCUUGAAAAACGUUUGUGUGAAGAUAAGGACUUCGCGAGCAGGGCGAAAAAAAUAUCGAUAAAACCGGACCUGUCGCUCUUCGACCUGGUGCAGUUACGACCCGAAAAGGCUCAAAAACUACUCUUACAUACGGACUACUACAAAUUAACGAACUCAAAAAAGUGGUCGGACUUUCCUAAAGGACUUAAAAAGGCUUGUGAAAUUCAUCUGAGCGAGAAAUUAUCCAGAGGAUUUUUCAGGCGUUGGGCGGUUUAUCCUUUCUGGGAAUUCAUACACUAUCGGCUGCCACUCGAGUGCUGUGAAAUGGUCUUGGAGAAUUUGAAUAACGAAGAUUUAUAUAAUAUUUACUUGGCGGCUACAGGCCGAAGCUCCUGA